GGAAAACAGACGCCUUCCAGAGAGUAGAAGGCACGCUGCCUAAUGGUCAAUUUCAAGGUCAUCCAAUGACCCUGACUAGCUUCGGACUAUACAGUCUGGAUCUGUGUCGCGUCGCUUCCGGAUUUGCGACUCGCUUAACAGGUUUCGUUAAUUCCACGUCAAUGGCUGCGCCAAAAGUUAAGUUAACUUAUUUUAAUUUGCGCGGCCGCGCUGAACCGAUCCGACUGACCCUUUUGGCUGCCAAUGUGGACUUUGAAGACCACCGUAUCAACUCGAAUGACUGGCCUACUUUGAAGUCCACAGUUCCUGGGGGCAAAGUGCCCAUACUGGAAGUCACCCAAGGUGGUGCGACUAAAGUCUACACAGAAAGUCUGGCUAUUGCACGGUUGUUUGCCAAAAAACACCACAUGAUGGGCAGUACGGAUGAGGAGUACUACGAGAUCGAGCGUGUGAUCGGACAAUGUACCGAUAUCGAUAGGGAACUGUUUCCCGCAUUCAGAGCCUCGGAUGAAGAAAAAUCGAAGAUAGCACAGACCUUCAGAGGAGAAGCUGGUCUGCGACUAUUGACACUAAUUUGUCAACAUUUGGAUUCUUCUCCAAGCGGGCUGGUCGCUGGAAACACACCAUCAUUAGGGGACUUGGUCAUCCUGUGCACCACGGACCAGGUAGAGGUGGUCGUGCCUGGAUUUAUCAAAGAGAAAUUUCCGACCAUCCAGAAGCAUCGGGAACUGGUUCUGAAAAAGUGUCCGAAAUUAGCGGAAUACCUGAAGACCCGAGGCUCCUUUCCACUUUAAUUAUACUUGCGUGCACAUAAUUUGACAGCGUUUCUCCCCCGUUUGUUAUCGCUUAGCAUAAUUCGUGUUUUUAAAAGUAAAGUUCUAACCCAUUA